UUUCAGUUGAUCGCUGCAGCAAUCACCGACGAAUUCCAACCGACAGUGACAUGGUUUUGUUCCGAAGAGGGUGGUUUCGAUCUGACACUGACAACAUCGCAACCGUUCUUCGGUUCACUUCACGCCAUGGAUAGGUAUCAGAGUUGUCGUAUAAAUGGAACUGGAAGAAAACAAUUACAUUAUUAUAUUGCCUUCACGAACACUCAAGAAUGCAAUGUCAAGUAUGAUAAAAAGAACGAUCUAUAUUCGAUCCAAAUGGAAGUGAACGAGCAUCCGGUACUGAUAUUACAACAAGAUCGAAUAUUCGAUUUGAUUUGUGCAGGUGGCAAGAUCGAUGUAACGAAUAAGAGUGACACCAUAGCGCAACACAACGCAUCUCAACAUCUGUCUCGAGUGUGCGUGAUCAAAUUUCACUUGAUAUUAAACGAUUCCAUCUCAAUAUUAACUCAAAGCAAGUUCAAAGACUGA